AUGUCCACUUCGAUCCUUCGCACGUCGUGCGUUGAACGUUCGAAUCAUUCUGCGCGCGACGUACAAACAUUGAUAGACAUCCAGCCAUCCAUUCGCAUCACACUCGUCGCGUCCCCUCUAGUACGAUGCGUCUCUGUCUUCUUUGCCGCCGAUUCUCGCACCCCAACGAUGCUCACCAUCAACCUCCACGAAAACAUUGUCACCUUCGAGGAUGGCGGUAGCUCUUUCAAGGAUAGUUCCUCCCAUACACCAGGUCCAAUUUCGCAUCUCGAGGAGCUCCUCGCUCAAGUUGCAGACCUUGAUAUACGCGAUCCCUUCACUGGUGAGACACCCCUCCACAACGCUGCCAUUUGUGGCGCAUUCGAGACUGUCCAGUGGCUCCUCUCAAAGGGAGCUUCAUGGUCGCUCGAAGAUCAUGACCAACAGUAUGCGUACAACUUCGCCCUCAUAGAAGGACACCAUGCCUGCUUCAUUUUUGAGCAUGCCGUUCAUACAGGCUCAUCAUUCCCAUCUCUUUCAAUCUCGUACCAAUGCUUUGCUCCGUACCCGCGCUCAGAUUACGAGCGCUACCUCCUUCCCUACCGGGACGACCCCACCGGGGGCUUUCAUUCUCUUGAUCGCCCCCGCAACAACUCCGCCUUCCUGUCCGAACCCUGCUUCUAUAUGAAACUCGACGUCGACGGGUCCGGCAAGGGAACGAUCGUCGACCACAUCCUUAAUCGCAACCUCGUUCCUAACCGCCAGCCAGCCUCCAGUGGCGCACAAAACCCCGUCACACAAUGUAUGGCCAAUCCCGAGACAUACAAACAUUCUGGUCGCCCCAUCGAGAAUGUCAUGAUCGACGUGGCCUUGCAAGAAUACAAGCCCGCGGCGCACGUCAUUGUCGAACCUCGCCCGGACGUAGUACACCGCAUGCAGCGCAACGGAUGGCACAAGAAACCAGGCGAUCUCUUCAUCGCCUCGUCCGCGGAUUCCAAAAAAACGGUCAACGGUGACGUCGUCGCCGCCGACAAUGCAUCAUUUGGGCCCAAAUUGGUAAAGCUCCAUCAUCUCGGCACGUUCGAUGCAAUCUACUUCGACACGGCCCUCACGCGCGCUUCUCGUUUUUCCAUGGUGUCGGACAGCAUGGAGACCGGUUCGUGGCACAGGCGCGGGCGGGUUGCGAUCGUCUACACGGACGUCAUGGCUAUGCACCUGAAUGAUCUUGGGCUGAGCACGAGCCCGACCGACGCACCGUUCUCUGGUACAGAAGUUGAGAUCGACAAAGGACGUUACUGGAACGGCUUCAGCGAACCUAGACCCGCGCCAGAUGUACCGAGGCUUGUGCCCCUGUGCAUGCUCGCGCCUACCAUCCAGCGUACUGUCAUGGCCCGCGCCCCUGUUUUAUUUGAUGUGGACGAGACCAUGAGUGCGGAGGCGACGGCAGAAGCAAAGGCAAAGGCAAAAGCGCUGGACGCUGGAGAGAAUAUUCGAACAGAUAAAGGUAGCGUAGCGCAGAAUAUGGAUGCUGCCACAGAGUGA